GGUGACGGAAGCACGCCGGGGGUGACCUCACCCUCCAACAUGGCGGCGGCGGUAGAUUAGGGUCGCCGGUCGCAGCAGGCACCGCCGCUGGGGGACCCUGUCGGAAACAGCUGCCGCCGCCGCCGCCGCCUCUUUCAUCUCUUCUGGGGCAGGGGCCAGGGCCAGGUUUUACACAUCUGUUAGUAGACCUUUUUGGAGCUCUGCCACCCAACUCAAUGGCGUCCUCUACUACUGUGCCUGUAGGAUUUCACUAUGAAACAAAGUAUGUUGUUCUCAGCUACUUGGGACUCCUCUCUCAAGAGAAGCUGCAAGAGCAACAUCUUUCCUCACCCCAAGGAGUUCAACAAGAUGUAGCUUCACAAUUUCUGGGUCAAGAAGUUUUAUUAAAAGUUAAAACUGAAAUUGAAGAAGAGCUAAAAUCCCUGGACAAAGAAAUUUCUGAAGCCUUCACCAGCACAGGCUUUGACCGUCACACUUCUCCAGUGUUCAGCCCUGCUAACCCAGAAAGCUCAGUAGAAGACUGCUUGGCUCAUCUUGGAGAAAAAGUGUCACAGGAACUGAAAGAGCCUCUACAGACGGCAUUGCAAAGGCUCCUGAGCCAGCCAGUGACAUAUCAGGCAUAUCGGGAAUGUACACUGGAGACCACAGUUCAUGCCAGCGGCUGGAAUAAGAUUUUGGUGCCUCUGGUUUUGCUACAACAAAUGCUUUUGGAGUUGACAAGACGUGGUCAAGAACCUUUGAGUACAUUGCUGCAGUUUGGUGUGACAUAUCUGGAGGACUAUGCAGCAGAGUACAUCAUUCAGCAAGGUGGCUGGGGCACUGUCUUUAAUCUUGAGUCCGAAGAGGAAGAAUACCCUGGAAUCGUUGCAGAAGAUAGCAAUGACAUUUAUAUCCUGCCCAGUGAUAACUCUGGACAAGUCAGUCCUCCAGAGUCUCCGACUGUGACCACUUCUUGGCAAUCAGAGAGCUUACCUGUUUCCCUGUCAGCCAGCCAGAGCUGGCACACAGAAAGCCUCCCGGUGUCCCUCGGUCCUGAGUCCUGGCAGCAGAUCGCAAUGGAUCCUGAAGAAGUCAAAAGCUUAGACAGCAAUGGGGCUGGAGAGAAGAGCGAGAACAACUCUUCUAAUUCUGACAUUGUGCAUGUGGAGAGAGAAGAGGUAGCCGAGGGCAUGGAGGAGGCCGCCGUGGCGUCUGCAGCCCCAGCUCCCUUGCUUCCACACACCACUGCCACGGCCUUGCUGGAGAUGAGGGGACCUGGCACAGAAAUGAUGGCAGUUGACAAAGUCAGCCCAGCUACAUCUUUGUUUGUAGAACUGGAUGAAGAAGAGGUAAAAGCAGCAAUGAUCGAACCUGUUGAAUUAAAGGAGGAGGUGACCCGUGCGCUGGAAUCCACGAAAACACUGCUGAGUGAAGAGGAGCUGAACAUCAGGAAAGAGAGCCUUACGGAGGGCCCCUCCCCUGCUGGAGAAGCAAAGGCUGCCCCACUGUCUGAGGGCAAGUCUAUACUGUUGUUCGGAGGGGCUGCCGCUGUCGCCAUUCUCGCAGUGGCAGUUGGGGUAACAUUGGCUCUGAGAAAGAAAUAGAUUUUUCAGAAAAGAAAGAAGACACAGGACAUAAGGGUGCAUUGACUGAAUUUGAACCGCCAGCAGCUGAUUGGACGUUUGUGGAACACUCUUGGGUAAUUGAGGAUUUCUGUCCAACAGGCAGUGGAUUGCUCCACGUACUACGGCUGGAGGUGGAGUGUGUUCACUUUUGUCUGUAAGUUCCCAGGGCCUUGGCUCACGCCGCGUCCAGGAGCUAGUGCAGGGUUACUCGGCCGUGGCAGCAGCGGUCUUGAGAAAUCCUGAUUGUAGGAGCUGUCCUGUGCAUCCUGGCCUCUACCCACUAAAUACCCGUAGCACCCCUCCCAGUCGUGACAACCAGAACUGUCUCCUGACAUUGCCAAAUGUCCCCUGGGAUAAAAUUGUUCCUCCCUUGAGAGCCACAGCUUUGGAGGGAGAGGCUUACCUUAGGAGAAGCUGGGAUAGAAAUUCCCAGGCAGGGAGGCUGUGGGCUCCUCAGCCUCUGUCUGGGUCCUGCCCUUGCAGUUUCCUCUCUCCUGAUGAGCAUGCUGUUUGGUAGCCAUUCCUUUGGCUCUUUCUUCCCUCGUUUUGGUCCUGUAGUGUGAGGUGCUCUCCCCUCGUGCCUCAGCUCUCAGGUUCCGCAGGGCCCUCUUCACCCGCAGGGCCCUCCCCAGCUCCACGGGCGAGUGCCUGCUCUGUACCUGUCAGGCCCCUGUGCUUCCGGCAGCCCCACCUUGUAAAGAUGCUGCCUUUAGUCAUCUUUACAAAAAUGAAUAGAAAAUAAACUAGGGCUCCUGCCUGCGUGCAAUGGCAGGUAACUGGCUAGAGAGCUUUGUCUCGAUUGCAGCAGGAGGGUGGCUUAGAUGCCCUGGGAGCCCUCCUGGCCGAGGGUGUGGCCACGGCCUCGACCCUGGGCGGGUGUGUUGUCCCCAUAGCUGGUCUCAGUCUUCUGACGGGUCAACCUACGCAGUCCUUACCGGAUUUUCAUACUUGGGCUUACAGACUGGUUGAAUCAUAACUCUUGUCAAAUACAGAAAGUCUCCCAAAUAUCAUUGAAAUAAAAAAUAUGACAAGAGAAGCUUGAAUUUCUUGAUUACGCUCAAGAUUCUAGUUUGGCUUUCAGAGUUCAAAAACAGAGGCUUCUUCGAUGAACUCUUCACAGUCCAAAUGCCAGAGUGAUAAACUAAAAUGAUCCCAGUUAGUACGUGCUAGUUGAGAAUCAGCGUAAUUUUCUUUCAUCUGGCUGAUCCCAUCCCUAAAGGGAGGGUGGGACUGUGUCUUUUCCUGCCUGACGAUCAGUGGACACGCGCUUGAUACAGGUCAUCUCAGAUUUAUCUUAGUAAAUGUAACAAAUUACUUUUUAGGUCCUGAAAUUUGUAAUAAAAUUACUUUACCUAUCCUGGUCACCAAAGCUUGAUGUUUUAAAUGUGCUUUCUUUUUUAAACUUAUUUUAUAAAAUUAAAUCUCCCUGAAGCAAUACUAUUUAAAAGUUGGUCAGGAAAAUUUCUGAAAUGUGUUUGUCUGUUUAGCUUUAUCAUGCAGUAUAUUUUCAUGUCUGAGUUUAGUGUUCCAUUUAGGGAGUGAUGUUUUUCCGGGUUUUGAUGCCCCUUGAUUAAUAAAUAUAGCUAGAGGCAAGGCAGGAACUGGAGUUAGUGUAGGAAGGAAUGUUUUCCUCCUUGGGCUCUGAAGUUGUGUUGGAUUACUCUGUUCUAAUCACUGCAUUUGUGUUUGCAUAGGGUAAGAGCCAACUGGUACGUUAUCUUGAUUGUUUUCCCCUUUUAUAAUAAAAUAUUUAACUUUCAGUGUUCACUUUUAAACUCUGGAUCCUCAGACACACUGGCUGAACAAAUUUAAGCACUAAUAGAAACCAGGUUCGUUUCUGAGCGGCCAAAGGUAGACCUGUGGCUUAGGAUAUUUGGGUCUGUUCUCCACAAAAGAGGAAGACCUGCUGCCAUGUGCUGCCUUAUUUUCCCAUCUGUUGAACAUUAACCCAAAGUGAUUUGGCCAGUUGCCUUUUGCUGAGUAAUGGUAAAUAGAUGUCAUCGUAGUUAGUUCCCGAGGAGUGAGUGACAGGAUGUGUCAGUGUCCCCAUUCUUUCUUUGCGUCCUGAUCCUCUGCCUCUGGCAGUGGAAGGGAAAUCCCUAAUAAGGACAGCUUCUUACAGCAGCUCCUACUUUUUGCUUUUACGUUUAAAAGAAAAUAUUUCUCACUCCGCACCUUUUUUGAUGGGGUUUGGUAGUUGGAGGCCAUUCCUUCUUGACCCCACCCCCACCCUGACUUACUUAACAUCUAAAUCUAAGGUAAUAAAUCCAGCUUGUUUAUGGAACUCAAAUGCAGAAUUAAGAAUAUCACCCUGUUUAUCCUUCCUCAUUCUUUCAACUAUCGAGGAAAAGGUUUUGUUGGUAAGUCUGCUAGAAUUUUUACCUGCUCUACUGAAUUGUAAUGAUUUCUGAUCACUUGGCAAAAAAAGUGAAGGUUUCUUGAGAAAAAUAAUACCAGAAUUAAAGAAUGCUAAUUUAUCCUCUCUGUAAUAAAAGGUAAUUCUGGGCUCAGAAAAACCAGUAUCUACAGAGUGCCUUAGAGGGACUCAUGUCCACCACUGCCCUCUAGGAAACGCUCUAGAUGGAAAAAACCAGCUCCUGACCAUCUGGUUCACACAGUCACCACCCGGCCAUCCCUGCUGCCUCACCUCGCCUGUGUCCCAUUAAUUGCAGCCACUUCCAACCAUAGCUGCCAUUAAUUUUCUAUGGAAAUUUAAUUUCCUCAGCCUUUGUGCUAAUUCCCUUUAAUAUAAAAGUAAUGCAUCCUCCUUGCUUUUUUCCCUAAAGGUAUGACAUGUGGACAAAUGUCAUACCCUUAGAAUUUUAAAAAUAUUUUGAGAUGUUUUAUAGAAAUAAAAGGUAUUAUAGGUAAGAUUCCCCCCCGUUCCUUUUCUUAGUUUCUUAUGUCGUUUUACACGAGCUUAUCUUUCAAAAAAUUUGGGGUGAUACUUCGCCCAGAGAGCCUGCAGGCUAUCUGAUCACUUUAUAAAAACAGCUUCUAGCUUCCGAAACAAUUCUCUCACAAACGUUAUUUCAUUUAAAGUCUCAGCAACACACUUGAUGCCUGAAAGUUUCCUCUUCUCUGAAGGACCAAGAGGUGCGGUUGGCAGUAACCCAUUACACCCAUUUGUCAUUAAGGAGGUUCAGCUGUGAGAAGGGUUAGAUUUGUAGGGUGCAUAUAUUUUCCAUAUUAGAAUAUCCUUUUCCUAAAAAAAGUGCGGGUAAUUAUAAUUUUAGCAAGUAUUUUGGCAUUUACAAUAUGCCAGACAUUGAUCUAGUGCCCUCACCUUUUUUCACCUUCACAGUUCUAAUAGCUAUUCAUAUGCCUUUUAUUCCCUUCCCACUUUACAGAUUAAAGAAACCUAAUCAGUUUAGUAACUUUUCUAAAGUCUCGUAGCAUGAGGGAGGGGCAAGGAAAUGAUUUGAAUUUUUCUGACUCCAAGUCUAGUUCUUUUUCCAGUUUUUACCAAUUUUUGUGACCCUGCAAAGCAGUGUUGGUUAGGCUCUGUGCACACAGCUGGGCGACCUUUGCUCGCUGUACUGUGUGCCCUGGAAGGGAGCCUUUUCUGACUUGUGCAAAAGGUAGCACAUAGGCUGGUCUGAGCUGAGCGUGUUCUGCCAGGGACAUAGCCUGAGGUUAUGUCCAGCACUGGUCUGUUUCUAAUCAUCCCAGAUGUGUUCCCUUUAAACACUGACAGACAUGCCUUAUGGAGAAUUAGCAGGUGUCACUGGCAUAGAUCUUUCUUUAGCUUUCUUAGUUAAUAAUAUGUUAAAUAUUCCUAUUAAACACAAAAGGCACUCAGACAGGAAUCACCACCCAAUGAUCUGAAGGCAACACCAUGACUCUUUCCACUCUUCCCCUUUUUCCUAGUCUGUUCCUUUUUCCUUCUCCCCGGCUUGUGCCAUGGGUUGUGGAGGGAAGUAGGGGAUACCUGUAGGUAUUGCUUGGCUCCUCAAGAGUCAAAUUAGUCACAGUUCAAUCAGGAGGGUUGACCAGGCACAGCCAGAGGCACAUCUUGCUCAGCGUCCAGUGAAAAACCUUCUGUUCUAGUCCACAGAACACUGCGGGAUGUGGUUAACAGUAGCCUUGUAUACAGAAUACUCAUUUCUUGAAACUGUUUUGGUUACCUCCUACACAGUGCUGCACGGAGAGCUGGAAACUGUGGUAUUACUAUGUUAAUACGUCCCGUCUCCCCUUUUCUUUGUAUAAGACUCAUUCUACCAAGUUUGUCGUCAGGGUCUUCCCAAGCGAACUGUUUACAUUAAAGAGCCCUAGCCAGGCAGCUGCUCCAUGUAAGCUCAGGCUGGCACUGUUCUCAGGUAUAUCUGCAAGGCCUUUAAUAAGUUAAAAAAUAGCUGCGGGCUCAAGGUGAUUCUUGUCCUGUUCUCACUGCCCCUAAAGAGGAAUUUUAUAGCGAUAUUGCUCACUUCUGUGUGUUCUUUGCACCGUUAGAAGAAACUGGUUUAUUAAUGUACUAUUUAGAACAAGUUUUACUAGUAUGUUGCCUCCUUCCCCAAGGAAUAAAAGUUGAAGUACAAUCUUCCCUGUUAAACAGUCUGGAAGAACUUGGUAGAUGGUUUCUAAAUUGUUAUAUUGGUAACAAUCUAUAAUUUUUAGAUUGGUCCUAGAAAGAAAAGACAGAAUUUUUUUCUUAGACCUGUAUUUUUGCUAUCAGUCUUCCCAUUUUUCUUUCUUUAGAUUAAAAGUGCCUCUACCUACCUACUUCAUUUCCUUGACUGAGUUAAACUUAUUACUGGUUCUAAUGCUCUCAUCGCCUCAGAAUUACUGGAUGAAAUGAUUUUUGAUAAUGUCACAUAAGCAUUUCACUUAAACCACAUGUAUUUCCUUUUUUCUGUAUGAAAUGCUAUUUGCUCUCCUCACUACAGCUCUGAUUUGCUCCAUUUAUUAUGGAUUAUUCUGGCCCCUCUUUUUCCCUCCUGUUUCCUGCAUUUGGCCAAUCUACUCUCUUCAUCAGGGGAAGGGGACUAAACCCAGAUCUAUGAAAUGUGCUUUGGAGGUUGUAAUAAAAUGCGAUUUGAAGAUAACAAUGGACUCAUCUUUCUAUUCACACACUCUUGACUGAUGUCUGGGACUCAGGAGGAAUCAUUUCAGAUAGUCUUUGUAAGUACACGCUUAGCCUUCGUAAGUACACACUUAGUUUUUGUAAGUACACGCUUAUUUUGGUUUGACUUCAGGUUCUGAAAACAUGAUCAUAACAUCCAAAGGGCACUCCAUAUUUAAGUUCCCAGUCAGCACAGCUAAUGGAAUUGUUGGAAAAGAAGAGCUAUGACCUUUUAUGGCAGUCAUGAGCGUCUCAGCAGUUACUGCUAGGUCCUAAGAGGUGAGGUCAGGAGUGACUUGACCAGAAUACGCCAGCUAUUCCACGCAACUUUCAGAUAUGCCAAGCGGUUUUUCUGCUUUGU